UGUUUUUAUGAAAGAAAAUAAUAAAAAAGAAUUGCCAGUGGGCGUUCCUGCAUUCAUAAGUUUAGAAAUUCUACCUGCGAUUAAUUUGAUGAAGGAGAUAUAUGAAAAGAAUGAAGCAAAGAUACUUAAACUAAUAAAGGAAAACAGUAAAAAGGAAGCCGUAUUACAAGUAAAGAUAGUUAAACUAACGAAGCAAUUCAGUAAAAAGGAAACUGUGUUACAUGCUCGUUCAGAAGAACUGUUUAAACUUUGA